AUGUCAAAGUUUUCAUUAGCUUAUUUGGGGAUGCAAUGUUUUUGGGGAUCAGAAUCAACAUUUGCUUUAUUGCCAGGCGUUUUAAAAACAAGAGUUGGGUAUUCUGGAGGUACUUCUCCUUCUCCAACAUAUCAAAAUAUUGGGGAUCAUACUGAAAUUGUCGAAAUUCAAUUUAAUCCAGAAUUAACAAAAUUUAAAGAAAUAAUUAAUUUAUUUUAUUCAAAACACAAUUUUACUUUACCCCAAAAAACUCAAUACAAAUCUGUUAUACUUUAUGUUGAUGAAGAACAAAAGAAAAUAGCUUUAGAAGAAUUGGAAAAAGCUAAAGAUUAUCACCAAAAAUAUUGGCUUCGUUGUGAAAACGACAUUUUUAAAGAAGUUUUGAAAUAUUUUUAUUUAAAUUUAUUACCUCUUUUUAAGUUAAAUUUAACAAAUUCUCAAUUAAUUAAACUUUGGCAACAAAAAUAA